CAGAGUGGAAUCCUCGGGGAUGAUAAUAUUGAUGUUAAAGAAGAGUAUAAAGAGGAGGAUGAGGAGUAUGGAGUGAUGGAGGAGUUUUUCAGAAAGACACAAGGAGAUGAUGGAGCCACCUAAUACCAGGAACCCACCAGAGAGAUGUCCCCGUCCUCUGUAUUCCCCGGGAUUCACAACACAGGAAGGUCACACCAUCCCUCACCAUCAUCAGAGUGGAAUCCUCGGGGAUGAUAAUAUUGUUGUUAAGGAAGAAUUUAUAGAGGAGGAUGAGGAGUAUGGAGUGAUGGAGGAGUUUUCAGAAGGGCCCAAGGAUAUGAUGGAGCCACCUAAUACCAAAGAAAAACCCACCAGAGAGAUGUCCCCGUCUUCUGUAUUCCCAGGAUUCCACACAGGAAGGUCACACCAUCCCUCACUAUUACAAGGGGUGAAGAUUUAAUAGAUAUAAAAGUUGAGGUUAAAGCAGAAGAAGAAGAGGCGUAUGUGAGGGAUGAUCAGCAGUCUAUGGAGGGGGAGGAUGGAAUAACGGGGACAUUUAUAGAGGAGGGACAAUCCUACAGAGAUCAGCACAGGUGGGUCAUGAACACUAAAUCCAUUUCCUCCACCCAUUACUGCUCACUGAUUGGUCCAGAGAGUAGGGCGGGGGACUGGGUGAUAUCAGCCUGUA